AAACCCGGACCGCCAUCUGCCGCAACGUGGCGACUACUACUCGUAGAUCCUCAUGGAAAGCUCCUCUCACGAGCAACCGCAUAAUGCCGCUGUUCGACAUCUGCAGUAUUAUAUCGAUGACGGAAACGUGAUCUUGAGAGUUGAGGACACACUUUUCAAGGCGCGAUAUCUCGAGCCCUAAUGCGCUGUUCAAUGAUCGAACCUGAAGGUUCAUCGCUCGAUGCUGACGAGAGACAAGUCGGCGUUUGAGGCCAUGUUCUCAUUGGGCUCAUGCACGCGAAGCACGGACGCACUGGCGGAGCUCCACGCAGAUCCAGGACCAGUCGAAGGACAGAGCGACGAACGUCCAAUACACGUCCAAGGGGAUACGGCGGAGGAGUUUGCAUCUCUUCUGUGGGCGUUAUAUGCAUUACCGCACGAAAUCAAAAUAGCGAUGUCGAUCCCAGCCAACGAAACGCAUUUCAUCAACCUAACUCGCAUGGCACACAAGUAUCAAUUCCGUACCACGGAGUUGUGGGCUCUUACUACAUUAAUUCAUUUCCACGCCACCGCAUCUCCGAAUUCCCUGGUGUCUGUCGAAAAUCUGGUGCGGAUAACGGAGUUGUCGACACUGUGCGACAGCAAAGAGCUAUUGGAUGCUGCUACGGCCCAGUGGAAGAAACUUCUGAUUGGGGGCAAGGCUUUGGCUGCUGCGAUCAACGUUGCAGAGCAACUAGAUCUCAGAUCGCUGCUGGGUCUGGCCUACUACUACAUGAUGCUCAAGGGUCGCGACUACUGGGACGCUGAUGCGCAGUUAACAGCCAGACAGCGGAUCCGGCUCCUCUCAGGGCAUUACAAUCUUGUCAGAGCCAGCGAAGAUCUGCCCGAUUCACCGCCACAAAUCAAUCACGACCUCCAGUGCAUGGGCAAGGGACAGUGCAAAGCUGCGUUUGCUGCCUUGUGGAAGUUUAUUUUGACGAGCAACGGAGGCGAACCGGGGCUAUCGGGGCAAGUUUUGCCCAGGAUGCAGAGUUGUGACUUGAUAGGAAAGCUGAUGCUCGGGGAGAGUAUCCUUCAAACAAUGAUUGAGGGCUCCAUCCCUCCCGUAGAUUUGAGCGAAUGGGGAUGGAUGCACAAGAAAUGUAAGCAGAAUGCACUGGCAGCUAUGAAGGACAAGGUCAAGGACACCCAGACUCGACUGGCGGACUGGUUCUCCGAUGUCGUGUAACGCUAGUAUAUUACCAUGCACAAUUCAGCUGCGGAUUUUCGAACAUGCAACAUCUACGUUUCUG